CCCGCCCCGCCGCGCCGCCCUGCCCCCUCGCGGUCCCGCGCGGCUGGGCCUGCAGUGACCGGAGGAGACGGCGGCGCAGGGAGACCGCGGUGGACGCUGCGCGGGAGCGGGGAGCGCGGCGGUUUGGAAGAUGACAGGCAGCCCGGUUGCCUUGUUUUCUGGAGAAGAAGUAUAAUACAAGUUUGGUGUUUUGUGUCUGCUUUCCGGAGGUCAAGGAAUUAUUUCCUUAGAAGGCAACAGUACUAUGCAUGUUACAAAUUGUGUCUCCCUGGCCAGUGAUAAAGAAAAUGGUACUAUUGCCACAGGAGCCGGAUUCAUGAUCCCAACUCCUCCUCUGCCUCCUCCUCCACCCCCUCCGCCUCUACCAUGUCCACAAUCAGAGGAAGGCUUUUCCCCCUCCCUUCCUCCUCCCCUGCCACCUCCUCUGCCUGGAGGGCCUCCGGUACCCCCACCCCCUCCAGGACUACCCCCAACUGCCCACAUGAAUGGCCACAGCACCCUGGGUAAGAAGAAACGCAUGAGAAGCUUUUUCUGGAAAACCAUCCCAGAGGAGCAGGUUCGUGGCAAGACCAACAUUUGGACCUUGGCGGCCCAGCAGCAGCAUCACUACCAGAUUGAUACGAAGACUGUCGAGGAGCUGUUCGGGCAGCAGGAAGACCCUGCCAAGUCCUCCCUCCCAAGGAGAGGGGGAUCUUUGAAUUCCUCCUUCAAAGAUGCCCGGGAAGAGAUUACCAUCUUGGAUGCAAAACGGAAUAUGAACAUUGGGAUAUUUCUCAAGCAAUUUAAGAAGUCUCCUCAGUCCAUCGUAGAAGAUAUUCAUCUAGGAAAGAGUGAGCAUUAUGGAUCAGAGACACUUCGAGAAUUUCUGAAGCUUUUGCCAGAGUCAGAAGAGGUAAAGAAGCUAAAAACUUUCAGUGGUGACGUGUCCAAGCUUUCCCUGGCAGACUCCUUUCUCCACUACUUAGUUCAGGUGCCAAAUUAUUCACUUCGCAUUGAAGCUAUGGUGCUAAAGAAGGAAUUUUUACCUUCUUGUUCUUCACUCUACACAGAUAUAACAGUUUUUAGAACUGCUACAAAAGAGCUGAUGUCUUGUGAGGAGCUACAUUCAGUAUUACACUUGGUGCUCCAGGCUGGGAAUAUCAUGAAUGCAGGAGGGUACGCUGGCAACGCUGUAGGAUUUAAACUGUCUUCUUUGCUCAAAUUGGCAGACACAAAAGCCAACAAACCUGGGAUGAACCUUCUGCAUUUUGUCGCACAGGAAGCCCAGAAGCAAGAUGCCGUCCUCCUAAACUUCUCCGAAAAGCUGCACCAUGUUCAGGAGGCUGCCAGACUGUCUGUGGAUAGCACCGAGGCAGAACUGCACUCGCUCUCCGUCAGGACGAAAUCGCUUCAGGAAAAUAUCCAGCAGGAUGAGGAGCUGUGCCAGCAAAUGGAAGACUUCCUGCAGUUUGCCAUGGAGAAGCUGGCGGAGCUGGAGCGCUGGAAGAGGCAGCUGCAGCGUGAGGUCCACACCCUCAUAGACUUCUUCUGUGAGGACAAAGAAACCAUGAAACUGGACGAAUGCUUCCAGAUAUUCAGAAACUUCUGUACCAGAUUCAACAAAGCAGUUAAGGACAACCACGAGCGGGAGGUGCAGGAGCUGAGGCAGGUGCAACGGCUAAAGGAACUGGAGCAGAAGCGGCGUUCCUGGACCGAUGGGGAGCUUGGGGGCUUCUGCCGGAGCAGCAGUGAGAACGAUGUGGAGCUGCUGACCAAGAAAGGCACGGAGGACCUGUCCCCUUUCCUGCACUCCAGGCCCGUCAGCCCCUCCUACCGGCCCCCCAACACACGCCGAUCCCGCCUCUCCCUGGGCACCUCUGCUGACCGAGAGCUGCUGGCCUUUUUGGAGAAUACCACAGGCAGCCCCGAGGGGCCCAACAAGUUCAACAGCUUGCCCCGGAGCAGCCCCCAGCAGGCCCAGCAUACCAUAACCUGGAUGGGGCCUGAAGAACCAAGGGACCACGACCCCAACUUUGCACCAGACUCUCUGGCCUUGGAGGGCUUGGAGAAGGCACCUAACCCACCCUCUGCUCGGAGGAGCCAGCUUCCAGUCCCCCAGUCCCAGCUCAAGGAGCCUGCCUCCACCUUACCCCAAGCUCGGCGGGGUGGGGUGAGCAUCCUCCGAAAGAGGCACAGUGAACCCAUGGGCUUGGGGCCAGCACGGACCCCUCCACUCUCACCACUGGCUCUGGCCAUUAAGGAGCAUGAGCUGGUGACAGGGCUGGCCCAGUUUGACCUCCAGGAUCCCAAAGGCCUGCAGGAGACAACCUGUCUGACCCUGAGUGACUUCAGCUCUGUGGAGCAGGAGUCCCCAGGGUGUGGGAGCCAGCAGUCCCUCUCUUUGGACAGCAACACCCUGGCCCCUGUGGACAGGGGUCCCCAGCAGAGUCUUCGCCCAGGCCUGGAGCAUAACAGGGCUGCCCCUGAUGAACCCAGCAGUGCAGCCUUGGUGUCUGUGGCCAGUGGUGACCCUGAGAACAAGGAUCCUGGACCUCUCUUCUACAUCUCGGACACCACUGACUGCUCACUGACCUUGGAGUGCUCAGAGGGCACUGAUUCCAGACCUGGGGAUGGUGAGCUGGAGGAAGACAGGGAAGGGGGUGGCUCUGUGUCCUCCGGGGCUGGGGAGGCUGGGAGCAGCCAGGUCUCCUCCAACCCUGCCUCCAGCCCCACUGGGGACGAAUCUCCUGCCUCCAAGAAAGGAGAGGCCAGCUGCAAGGGGGGGCUUCUCAAGGAUAGAGCCACCAGAGGGAAGGAUGCCACCGUGCCCGCGCCCAAGAGAAACUCUUUCAGAGAGACAUCGCUGGUGGCCGCCAAGCCUGGGAGUGUCCGCCGGAGCCAGGGGACAGCACCCAAGGCCGUGCGGACCUUGACCACCUCUGAGAAUGAAAGCAUGCGCAAAGUUGUGCCUAUCUCCAAGUCUAGCAGAGGGACUGGAGGCUGGAAGCGGCUGGAGCCACCUUCCCGGGUUCCCCCUCGGGAGACCCCCAACAGCACAGACACACAGUUGGCACGCCGCAGCUCUGUGCGGGGGACCUCAGACACAUCACCCAGGAGACUCCCCAUGGGAGCUGGGGCGGUGGCCACAGUGACCGAGGAGCUGAAACUGCCCCGGGGGAGCAGCAGCUCCCGCCUGGGGAAGGAGCAGCCCCUGCAGCACAGGGGGUCUCUCAAGAAGCCUAGUGCUAAGCCCCUCAGGAAUAUCCCCAGGCAGAAGCCCGAGGAAAAUAAAGUCUGCUGCUCUGCUUCCCAGGGACCCGAGAGCCCUGGAGAAGAGGCCAAGGCCCGGCCAGCCUCCAGCACCCCCCGUGUUCCACCCCCUAUCCCAAGCUUUGCCCGAAACACAGUGGCCUCCUCAUCCCGCUUCAUGAGGACAGAUUCCACACCUGUGCCCAAAGCACCUGGCAUCAUGCGGACGGUCUCCCAAAGGCAGCUAAGGGUGAAGAGUGGCUCCGAGGAUGCCACCCCCAAGGACAGCACCUUGAAACGAGCCAGCAGUGCCCGGGCCCCCAAGAAGUGUCCAGAAUCUAGUGAGGGUCCCAAUACCAACACGGAGACCUCUCCAAAGGCCAGAGUGGCAGGAGAAAGGGCCUCCCUCAAACUGAAGGACGCAGGGCGGACCACUCUGGGGAGAAUUCUCCAUCCGCUGAAGAAAUGAGGGGUGCCUGUCUGCCUCUCAUCUCCUGGGAUGCAGAUAUUGAGGACUGAGUUCUGGAAUGAGGGUGGGAGGAAGCCAAUACUCAGUGUCUUUGUCACACAUCAAGCAAUCCACUGGUGCCACCUGGUCAGGGUUAUAUUACUAAAGGUGUGGUCUGGAAGGCCUGUGGA